UGGGGAGGGGGACACAACCAGCCCUCUUGCUGGCUUCAGCAAGCUGUGUGCGGCUUGGCUUCCCCAGGGAGGGCAGCACGGGCUCUCCUGCCUGCCUGCUUUAGAGUAGUAUGACUGGCAGGGGUGGCAGGAAGGUGCUUCCCAUUUCAGACCUGGCUGCGGCUGGCCUCAUGGUUGGGGUGUCUGGUGGGUCACGUCCUUGCUAGAGUUGGGUUGUGCAGCCCUGUUUCCUGCUUUUAGCUGUGCUCAGCCUUUUGAGAGCAUUUGUUUUGAGCUGGACUGGCCAGCUUAUGGGAAGGUAGGGUCUCCUUUGGUCUCAAGUUGACAGGGGACCUCAUUAAAAUGCUCUGUAGUGCCUCUGACACAGGUGUAGUAGUAGCUGGUGACUAGAGUAGUGGGGUGAUGUGUUUUGUGCAUGGCUGAAGAGGCUGAACUGCCCGGGAGCAGUUCCUGCAGAGGAGCUGAGGUCGGUGCCAUUGGUUACAACAGGGAGGGUGCAGGCUGGGGUGGGUUGCAGUGCCCUAGAGACCAUACAUUGUCUUCUUGCAGGACCCGGUACAUCAGCACAGAGCUGGGGAUGCGGCAGCGGCUCUUCGUGGGUGUGCUGACUUCCAAGAGCACCCUGAACACACUGGGGGUAGCUGUCAACCGCACGCUGGCCCAUCGCCUGGAGCGCCUGGUGUACUUCACGGGCACACGGGGCCGCAAGGUGCCCCACGGCAUGACGGUGGUGACACACAGUGACGAGAGGCCCAUCUGGAACAUGUACCAGACCGUCAGGUACCUUCUGGACCACUACGUGAACGAUUUUGACUGGUUCUUCCUGGUGCAGGAUGAUACCUACACGGAGGCGCACCGCAUCAGCCGCCUGGUUGCCCACCUCAGCAUUGACACCCACCUCUACCUGGGUCGUCCUGAGGAGUUCAUCGGUGGGGACACUGAGGGACGUUACUGCUAUGGAGGGUUUGGCUACUUGCUGUCCCGCAGCCUCCUCCUGCUCCUGCAGCAGCACCUGGAGAGCUGUCGCAAUGACAUCCUCAGUGCCCGGCCUGAUGAGUGGCUGGGCCGCUGCAUCAUUGACUACACAGGUGUCAGCUGUGCUGAGGAACACGAGGGUCUGCAUUACCACUAUUUUGAGCUGGGGAAGAACGCAGACCCUGAACGGGAGACCGACCUCCGUUUCCAGACCGCCUUCACUGUCCACCCUGUGCUGGAUCCCCUCCAGAUGUACCGCCUGCACAAGUACUUUGCACAGGUGGAGCUUGAGAGAACCUAUCAGGAGAUCCAGCAGCUCCAGAUGGAGAUCCAGAACGCCAGCAGCCUGUCUGCGGAUGGGGACCACAUCGCCACAUGGCCCAUUGGCAUCCCACCCCCAUUCCAGCCCAAAACUCGCUUUGAGGUGCUGCGCUGGGACUACUUCACAGAGGAGCAGGUCUACGCCUGUGUGGAUGGCUCCCCCAAGUGUGAGCUGCAUGGUGCGGAUCUGGCGGACGUGGCCGAUGUGGUGGCCACGGCCAUGGAGGAGCUGAACCGCAAGUACCAGCCAGUGCUCCACGUCCGCAAGCAGCAGCUGGUGAAUGGGUACCGGCGCUUCGACCCCACGCGCGGCAUGGAGUACACGCUGGACCUUCAGGUGGAGGUGGUCACCCAGAAGGGGCACAGCCGCUCCGUCACUAAGCGAGUGCACCUGGUGCGGCCCCUCAGCGAGGUGGAGAUCAUCCCCAUGCCCUAUGUGACAGAGGCCAGUCGCAUCAAUGUCAUCCUGCCGCUGACGGCUCAUGACCGGGACUACGCUGCUCGCUUUCUGGAGGCUUAUGCGGCAGCCGCUUUUGAGAGCAGUGAGAAUGCAGUGCUCACCUUCCUCUUCAUCUAUGACCCCUUUGAGGCCCAGCAGGUCACUCAGAAUGACAUCUUUGCCUCUGUGAAAUCCCAGAUCACCGAGUAUGAGCGCAAAUAUGCAGAGGUAAAGAUCCCGUGGAUCAGUGUUAAGACGGAUGCACCCUCCCAAAUCAAGGUCAUGGACAUUAUCUCCAAGAAGCAUCCUGUGGACACGCUUUUCUUUGUGGCUGGCGUGGGGACAGAGGUCACCAUUGACUUCCUUAACCGCUGCCGGAUGAACACCAUAAACAACUGGCAGGUUUUCUUCCCCAUCCACUUCCAGGGCUACAAUCCAGCCAUUGCUUACCACAACCAGGUGCCACCCACGACGCUGGACCUGCUGAGGGACAUGGGGCGCUUUGACCGUGACGUCUUCCAUGAAGCCUGCUUCUACAACGCCGACUACAUGGCAGCACGCACCCGCAUGGCGGGGGACGUGCAGGAGAAUGAGGACAUCCUGGAGACCCUGGACAUCUACGACAUGUUCAUCAAGUACUCCAACCUCCAUGUCUUCCGGGCUGUGGAGCCUGCCCUGCUGCAGCGCUACCGGCACCAGGCGUGCAACCCCCGGCUCAGUGAGGACAUCUACCACCGCUGUGUGCAGAGCAGCCUGGAGGGUGUAGGCUCUCGCUCCCAGUUGGCCAUGGUCCUUUUUGAGCAGGAGCAGGGGAACAGCACCUGAACCCUGGAUGGUGGAGGGGCUGGCCCUGCCAUGUUAUGCCUGCCUGCCCACUCCACUUCUUCAGCCCAAAUCUGUCUUCCAUCUGCAGUGUCUGCAGAGAUUGCUGGUGUCCAAGCUCGUGACUUGCCCCACUGGGGCUCCCCAGGCCGGGGUCUGCCAGCCCAGGGUGCCUGGGUCUUUCUCGAGCAGCCAUGGCUGUGCAGACCCCAGGCAGGAUGGGGUGAGAGUCACUGAGCUGCAGGCUGGAAUGCCUGGCUCCUCAUCCAGAGGUGGUGGCUGCUGUCCUCAUCCCUCUGUCCUGACCCUGCUGCUGGGCACUGUGGAGAUGAGCUGCCCUGUCUCUUGCUGUCCCCCCUUAACUGGAGGAAUGUAGACCCAAAGUCUCCCUUCUGCAGGGCCGUGACUGCCACAGGACCUGGAGUGAUCCCUUGUAGUUUCCCCAGUGUCCUGGGACAGGACUGUGCCCGUUGCUCCUUUGGAGCAUUGGCCUGGUUGUACAGGGAGGAACGUCCCUGUGCCUGCCACAAGCUUGGACAGUGGAAUGGGGCACAUCCCAUCCCAAAAGAGCAAUAAGGAUGUUGGUUUUGGCAUUUUGCCACUUGGCAAUGAGCUGGAGUGCUCCUGGCUGGUUGGAGUGUGAAGAACUUGGGCCCCUGGGGCUGGUGGGUGUAGGGGGUGCCAGAGGGGAUCCUGCUGAUUUCACGUACCAUGAGCUGCUCCCCAUGGGAACCAUGACCCAGGCCGCUUCGGCCUUCGCAGUAUUGAUAGGACGUCGGAGGUCACAGCCCUCAGACGAGAGCCUCCUGACAGAGGUGGGAUCCCUCCCCACUGUGGGGCUGCCCUCAGGGUCGAGGGACAUUGUGCCUGACACUGAUGGGCAUGGCAGAGGGCUUGGCUGUGCAUCUCCUAAGGAGAAAGUGACUGAGGAGCCGCUCUCUGCUCCUGGUUUGUAUUUAAUAGGGGAAAAGGAGGGGGGAUGGGGGGUGCAUUUACACUAAUAAAAUGGAGAGAAAUA